AUGAAUCGCCCUCAUUCCUUUGACGACAUUACCUCUGACUAUGACGAAUCCUUUGGUGUUUCCGAGUUUACAUCAAUACACACUGCCCAUCUCAUAUACUCAUACGAACAUGGAAGACGAUACCAAGGCUUGGUGCAGAACCGCUACGGUAUGCCCAAUGAUGAGGCUGAACAGAUGAGAGAGGGCAUCAAGCACAAGCUCUACACAGAUUACAUCCUAGAUGGGAAACAGUUUUUGGCACCUGUACCAGACAAUCCCCAAAAAAUUGUUGAUUUAGGGACUGGUGCAGGGUAUUGGGCAUUGGACGGUAUACGCCGCCACCAGACGCUUUUCUCCCACCCCAUUGCGGACAUUACCGUGCUAACAGUGCACCGCACAGUCGCAGAGAAGUUUCCGAGUGCUCGCGUCAUCGGCACGGAUCUUUCUCCAAUUCAACCGCAAUGGGCCCCCCCAAACACCGAGUUCCGCGUCGAGGAUCUGGACGAUGAGCACCGCCCCUGGUCCAGCAUUUAUACCGGGGCAGAUGCCAUUCAUACCCGGGCUUUGCUACCAACGCUCAGAAACCCAAAGCUGGUCUUGCGAAGAGCAUUUGAAAAUUUGAAGCCGGGCGGAUGGGUUGAGUGCCACGAAAUCGUCAGCAGCGUCUUUUCGGAAGACGGUGCCGUGAAUCGCGGACACCCACUGCACAAGAUGUAUGACUUGAUCAAUGGGUCGUUUUCCGAAGUAUACGGAUGGAAUCUCCAUAUCGCGGCGCAGAUACCCGACGUGCUCCGCGAGAUUGGCUUUGUCAGCAUCACACAAAGACAGAACAAGAUACCCUUGGGGCGGUGGCACCACGAUGCCAGGAUGCGAUAA